AUGGCCUCUUUCACAGACCACUUAUUUCAAAGAGUCCUUAUUCCAGUUACUAGAAAUAUUCUGGCUUCAACAAUGGUCUUGAGACACAGAUGGGAUAGUUGGCUAGUAAGCAGCCCACUGCCGUUUCCUCUACUACCGAAGAAUGGAAUGAAACUACAACAUAAGCCACAGGUGAGUGUAACAUCCAACAAACCACUUGGACUUGACAGAGUAGAAAAGCUAAGGACUAUUCAGUAUUUGCUAGCUCAGAUAUGACCAAACUGACAUACAAUUUCAAGAUAAAACUUUAUUGAUAAUGCCCGUUCUUAGUCUUGGUUCACUUCUCACAGGCCUGUUGUUCUUAAUGUAAAUUGGCACUAAUAGGACUUUUCAAUUGGUGUACUACUGAAAGACUCCAAUGCAACCAGCAAGGGUGUGUAGACCCCUGCUGUUCAAUCCCAUAGGAAGAGUGAAGAGUGAAGGACCAGCUUAGCCCAAUCCUUGCUAAAGCACGUUCUCUCAACAAGGCGCCUUCCUUCACUGUGGGGAUGUACAGGUGUGGCACUGUGGAGUGAGCAGACUCCCCAGCAGAUUGGGAUGCAGGUACAGCACUUAUUGCUGGGGGAGUGGAUGGUGGACUCCAACACUCACCCUCUAGGCUCACGUAACUGAGCUGCAAAGGGAGCCCUGGCUAAACUCAAGCGGAGCAUGUGCUAGGGGAAGGGGGAUGAUAAAUGCCAGGGUCAAUAACUAUUUAUUCCAACCACAAUAAAAAUGGAGGUGCUGUGCAGAGCCAUUUCUAAAAGCUGCCAACACUGAUGCAGAUAAUGACAGCUUCACCUGGGAAUGUUUGCUGUUGUCCAUUCUUGGUCACGUAAAGAAACACUCAGCACCUGGGCAAAAUUAUAGACCCCAUAACAAAGAGGCUUCUUAUCAUCCUCAGCUGAUGGGAAGGAAAUUAGAUGCUGUAAUUGUCACUGAGUUUAGGCCUUUCUGUUUUUGUUACCUGCAAUGUCAUUUGCAGAGGGUUAAACCGGGAUUUAGCACAUAAUUGAGCAUUGUUGUAACCUGCAUACAUAUUAGAAAACAAGUUAAAAAAAAAGCCUCCUAAACUUUAUUGGGGGGAGGGGGAGGCAUUUCUGCUUACCCUGGACCCAGAUACAACUGUGGGACUUCCCCCUUAUACUUAGAAGUGUGUGGGACACAAGAAAUAGCUGCAUUUGCAAACCUGUUUGAAUGGGGACGCUGUUAGAUGUACACUGCAUUGCUGGAUUGACCAAGGGCACCAAACUAAAAUAGCAAUGUUACAGUGCUGGGGCUGGGGGGGGUUGAAAGUACACAGAAUUGUUGGGCCGAAUGAGAGAAAUGUUUUUGCACAAGUACUGCCUAUCAUCUUCUAAUUUGUAUUUUCCAAUCACAAAUGCAUGGGCUAUGCUUGCGGCAAUUUCCCAACAACUAGGAAGCUGUAGUUAUUCUUGUAACAGUGUCUCUUCAGUAAAAAAAAAGAUUAAAUCUGGUACAAGACUUCUUUAGCACCAGAAAAGUCACAAGUUCAAAUAGGUUCCACCUUACAACAACUAAUGGAGUCUGACCACACAAUGCAUUAUUCCCAUUUUCAAUUGCAAAUAAAAACUCCCAGCUGCAUCCUCAAAUAUGGAUGGGUACUAUCUGGACUUUGCUGCACCAGCCCAUGAGCAUACACCCUGACAUUCACACAGCGUACCACAAAUGAGCCAAGGCAGCAGCAGGCAACUCCUGCAGAAUGUUUAGGAGUAGGAUGUAAAUAGGCAAUGUCAUCUGCAUGCAAGCAACUAGCCAGGAUCCAGCCUUCAGGUGCAGAACACUGUCCUCUCAUAGUACUAAUUAUGUUUCUGAAUUCUAAGAAAAUCAGGGUGACAAACUUGUUACCCUGAUGAACAAAGAAACUGUGGUUCCCCUACGUUUUCUCAAGGCAAAAGGAAAUCUGACACAUCUGCUACCCAAGCAAGGAUCUUUCUGCACAGCCAGACAAAACAUGCCCAAACUUUAUUUUCUCCUUCUGCUAUAUUUCCAGAAGCCAAAUCCCUCUUAUACUUAGCUGGUGGCAUUUCCAGGACAGGAGACGCCAGCGAGGCAGGGGUGAAGGGGCAAGGAGAGAAAUACACACAAAAUCAGAAGAAUGACACAAUUAAAGAUUCACAAGAGUACCUUGCUGCUCUUCACUUUAAACUAGCUGAUCACUCCAGUGCUGCAGGCUAAGCAAAGUUGUACUACAGAUGUCACUAGUCAAGAGAGGCCAAAUGUAAAGUAAUCCCCCCCCCCAAAAAAAACCCCAUGGCUAAAUCCAAAGCAAGGUUUCAACACAUGGGAGACCUUAGUAUAAUAAAUUGUUUUCCCUUCAGAAAGUACCAGGGGUUAACUGUGAGCCCCAUUGUGGGGGCAUAAAGGUAGCAUGUUAUUAAUACUACUUUGCUGAGGCACAGUUUUUAAAUUGCUUAAAAGUGGAAGGUAGCAGACAAAUGCCCCUUCCUCAGGGCAGAUCAACACAUCUCUUCCCCUUCCCCUUACAACUGCCUUGCACUGAGCUCUCGUCUUCCCUCUCUGCACUGUGUAGUACAACUUUUCAUUACCUGACGACACUGCAGGGUUUGCAGAACACAAAGGAGGCAUAGAAUUCAACACAAGAUCACUAUUUUUGGCACCUGUUCCAUGUUUAAGAUAAAGCGAAUAGUUCUGCACUCCCUGCACCUUACAUCAUAGGCUAAGAGGGCAUGAUGGCCAUUGCCCAAAUUCAUGCAUGUGUGGCCAUUCUGAACGAACUUAUGGCUUUAAGGGAAAAGAAUACAAGGAUGGCAAGUGUGUUUGGUGAGGGGAAGGAAGGGCCACAUGAACAUGGGAACAGCUGAAAUCAGAAAUCCCAUUCGCCUGCCUCUGUCAACAGCCAACACCAAUUUAUCAACCAGAAGAGGGUAAUUGGCUUCCUCCUGUUCCUUGCUGCUGGAAAUCCAGCUUCUGGCCUGAAAUACGAGGACUUGUCUAUUUUUCACCCGUUACACUCAGAAUAUCUAAAUGUAGGUUUGCAAAUUGUGUGACCCAUCAAGCCAAAUGCAAACCACCCAACACACACGGUUGCUUGUUUGCUGCACUCAAAGGCAGGCAAAACCAGGAGGAUUAUCAGGGAUCUGGUGGGCUACAUUUGUCUUGGUAGGUCACAAGAUGAAAAGGCCUCUCAAACAUGCCCCAAACGAUAUUUUGCUCUGUGUAUUGCUAUAAAAAGUGUUAUUUCCUCUGAGCAAUUUUCCUGAUUGGCUGCCUUCUGGCUUUACUUGCUAAUAACACCAGGUACUUAGAAAGCUGCCAACUUCACUACGGAGUAUCAAAAGUCAAAUGGUAAGGCCUGAUCUUUUUCAAACGUAA